GAGGCGCACGGAGGCUGCGGGGGCAGUGAAGGGUUCCAUGGUCAGCGGACGGCGCUCAGGGGACAGAGACACGGCCGCCGCUUGAAGCGUUGAGUCCCCGCCGCGAGGACCUGCCCGCGCUUCGUGCUUCUCCUUUCCUUCCCCGCCGCUGACUGUCUGCGAGCCCCGGCUACCGCCGGACAAUGUCCCACCAGCGCGUGAGGCGCAACGGCUCCCCGACGCUGGCCACUUCUCUGGGGGGAGGCGGCGUGGCGGCGGCGGGUGGCGGAGCGGGAGCGAGCAGCCGUCUCCAGCCCAUGCGGGCCACGGUGCCCUUCCAGCUGAAGCAGCAGCAGCAACAUGGCAGCCCCACGAGGAGCGGCGGCGCGAGCGCCCCGGGCGGGGGUCUCCCACGCGCUGCGCCCGCCUCGCGCAGCAUCAGCCCUACGCGCGCGGCGCCCGCCGGUAACGGCGGUCGCGGCGGCCCCGCCAUGGCCACGCAGACGCCGGGGGGAGGGGGAAGCAGCGCCGCCGCCUCAGCGGCAGCCGCCGCCUCCUCGCGGGGAAGCCCCACGCGUGCCGGCGGGGCGCGGGGGAGUCCACCGCGGCCUCGCCACCUGCCGCCGCCGCCUCCGCCGGGCUGCGGGCUCUCGCCUUGCUCUUCUCCGGUGUCUCCGCUACCGGAGGGCAGCGCUACAGCAGCGGGAAGGGUCCGGCACCGGCGACUCUCACCGGAGCAAGGCAGCAGCUCCCCAGAGAGGAAGAGCCCCAGCUCCCCGGGCUGCAAAGCUGACAAAUCAAGACCACCUUCAUCAAGCCCUUCCAGUAUUAUUCGCCGGACUUCCUCAUUGGAUACACUUGCUGCUCCAUACCUUGCAGGACAGUGGCCUCGCGAUAAUCACGGACAAGCUGCUCCAUGUAUGAGAGACAAAGCCACACAGACAGAAAGUGCCUGGGCUGAAGAAUAUUUAGAAAAGAAGAGAAGCUCACACAAACGUUCAGCAUCAUGGGGCAGUAAUGAUCAACUCAAGGAGAUUGCAAAAUUGCGUCAGCAAUUGCAGAGAAGCAAACACAGCAGUAGGCAUCACCGUGACAAAGAACGACAGUCUCCAUUUCAUGGUAACCAUGCAGCCAUUAACCACAGUCAGGCUCCUAUCCCAAAGAGUGCUCUUGUUCCUGUGAUACCUAUUACCAAAUCAACAGGAUCCCGAUUCCGAAACAGUGUGGAAGGACUCAAUCAGGAGAUUGAGAUAAUAAUUAAGGAGACGGGUGAGAAGGAGGAGCAGCUUGUUCCUCAGGAUAUUCCAGAUGGGCACCGGGCACCACCUCCACUGGUUCAGCGUAGUAGUAGCACUCGCAGCAUCGAUACCCAAACACCUGGUGGAGCAGACAGGGGUAGUAACAACAGCAGCCGCUCACAGUCAGUGUCUCCAACCUCAUUUCUUACCAUCUCUAAUGAAGGCAGUGAAGAAAGUCCAUGUUAUACAGAUGAUCUUCUUGCUGAUUCCAGAGACAAAGAAAAUGGGAAUAAUUCUCCUUUGCCAAAAUAUGCUACCUCGCCAAAACCCAACAACAGCUAUAUGUUCAAGCGUGAACCUCCAGAGGGUUGUGAAAAGGUGAAAGUCUUUGAGGAAAGCUUGCCAAAGCCAUUGCAUGAAAUUCCAGUCUUCUACUGCCCUGACAAGAACAAAGUGAAUUUCAUUCCUAAAAGUGGCUCUGCUUUCUGUCUUGUCAGCAUCCUCAAGCCGCUUCUUCCCACACAGGAUCUCACACUUAAGGGCACUACACACAGCUUGACUGUCUCCUCUGGCAUGACACCAAGUUUGUUACAGCCCAUUUCUAUGACCUCCUUGUCUACAAACACAGAUCAAGACAGAAUCUCUCGUGGAACAAGUACAGUAAUACCACAGACGUCUCUACUCCAGCAAUCGGGAUAUAUUGAGGAAGCUGAAGGAUAGAUUUAGAUUGUCUUGACAUUUUUAUGGGCAACUACUGGGAAAAAAAUGGAAUCAGUUGACUGGACCUUUCUGAUCAUACUAUCUGCAUUGUUUUAACAAUUUAUGGCACUGUCAUAAAUUGAAUUGCUUGUACAAUUGGCAGUUUGGAAGCACAUUGAGACGUUCAGGAGGAAGCAGCAGCUGACUUGAACUUUCUGCAUAUGAAGACUCCGGUUCUAUUUCUCUCCUGCAUUUUUAAACACUGAAAACAAAGACUAAUCAUAAUCUUUUGCCAUUUAAAGGACCGGUUGUUGUGAUGCUGUGUGUCCUUUGACUUUUUUCCCAUUAAAACAAAAAUUGCAAGACCAACCUGCUGAUCCCAUUUACCAUUGUAAUCUGCAAAGGGAGAGGCCAUCAGAUGGUUUUGCAAGAUGUCUUUUGUAUGAAAACGUGUAUUUUGUAACAGAAGUUUGCCUUUUCUGGUGCAUAGCAGAUGGUAUUUAGGUGACACUUACCUGGCCUCCCCCUCAUCCUUUUCAUUUUUUGUAGGGAAAGUUCUUUUUUACUAGGACCAAAGGAUCGCUGAAGUAUUUCAGCAGUCUCAAAUUAUGUGAAAAGCUGAACAGCUCCAGCCCUAAGGAAAAUAAGAAAAGUUAAAAAGCAGUGUUUAGUAUAUAGCUUUUGGGGUCUCUUUUAGUUGGAAGUUUGUGCUUCAGGUAAGUCACAUUCUUAAAACUUCUUUCACAGAAUUCCCAUCAUUGUUGGUUUAUUGACUGGAAAAUUGCAUUUUAAAGCACUUGCCCUAUUAUUGUUCUAUUUGUCCAUAGGAUAUUUGUGCAGAGGUGUUAAAAAAAAACGUUAUCCUCUUACUCAGUAUUCUUUUUUCCAGAAAAUAUGCCAGUUGUCUCUUAGAGGCUUGUAUGGCUGCCUACAGAGUUAGCCAGCCUGAACUAUUAAUCACUUGUUGGUGCAAAUGUACUCUGACAUGACUCAUCACUGUAAUAUAGAUCCUGGCCACACAAUACUGAAAUAUCUGUGCAUGAUUUCCUCCCUUUGUCAUAGUGGUAUUUUGUGCGUCUGUUGAAGGUUGAUGGUUUGUCAGGCAUGGUAUCUGUUACAUAGAAGUUUACAGCAACAGAUACAUGUUCUCCCUUUUUGCCUAGCAACAUGAUUUUUUGCUAGCUGGCCAUCCUGAUAUGCAGCAGUUUAUGACUCCUUUGAAAUGAUAAUGCAAGAUUAAAAUGGAGGGGAAAGGCAAAACAGAAACUGUGCAGGAACUUCAGUGAGAUUUCUCAUGUGUUCCUGGAGUGCAUUACUGGGGUUUGAGUAAAUGCAAUAUAGAUAUGCAAAAAAGCUGCAGUGGCCUGAGUAUACCCAUGUUGUAUCAAUUUACAAAUCAAGUUGACCUCGUAACUCUUUUACAGAGUUAGAUUCAGUAAUUUCAAAGUAAGUGUCGUCGUGGACAGUCUCUAGGUCUGAAUAUUGGUCUGUUACACACAAGCAGUUCUUGCUGGCUUGCAUAUACAUAGCUGACAUGAAUCAGUUGCAUACUCAGGUCCCCUCAUAACUGCAUCUAUUUAAAGAUGAUACUGCAAAUAUGUCAGUUUUUGUUCAGUGCUUAAUAUGCUAAAUUAGGUUGCCAACAUUUCACAUGGGAGAAAAGAAAUACCAGCACACGUCUGCAGAUAGUCAUAGUUCUGAUGCAUGUUUACUGUUUCUUUAAGUCCUACAUAAAUAACUGUGAUAGUGAUGUACUUUAUUCAGCAAGUGUAAAUCAGACUAACAUGCACAAGUCAUGUGUCCAUAGUGUAAUGAACCCCUUUUUUUAAAACAUUGUGCAAAAAUUCAGCAAAUGAAAAAAUGAACUAGGAAGUGUUAAAAUAUUAGACCUGUUAAACUGACAAACAGGAAGAAUUUCUUUCCCAUCAAAAUAGAAAGGACUAUGGAGACGGGACUGAAGAACUCUGUUUUGAAGUAGGCUCUGAAUUACACUGAAGAAGUUGUUGAGGGACAGAGUAUAAAAAUAAGCAGCUUUAUGUAUCAAAUUCGUGUCAUUUGGACAGUUGAUAAUUCGGUUUUAGGUUUUGUGGAUAUUAAUUAGUUUCUUCUGAAGCAGCUGUAGUGCAAUUUGAAGUCUAAAAUGUACUGCUUUAGAAUUGUUUAAACCUGAUAUGACUUAAUUUGUGGAAAAUCAGAUCAGGUGAAGGAAGUGCUUGUAAAUCUGUUUUCUCUUUCUGUAACCGUAGCAUGUAAAGAGCUUCUCCAUCAAUGCCAAACUGCCUAGUGCUUUAUCAGGAGAUCUUAACUGAGUGGUUAAGAACCAAAGGGCUAAAUUUAACAGCCUUUAUUACAGCCUUGAGACUUAACUGACUUCACCAAAACUGCAUUCUGGUGUUUGCUUUCAUCACAGAGUGACUCUCCCAAAUAGCAGUGGGCUUCCUUAUCCCAGAACUUUGUUUUGCACCUGUUGUUGUAGUACUUGAGCCUCUCUUUGGUAGUUUACAUUUAUGUUGUUGAACAAAGUACUGUACAAAUUAGUGAGCUGCUCUGAUAAAAACCAAAUGUAAAUGUGUAAGUUCUUUUACUUUUUAUAAAAACCAACUAAAUUCAGGACAACAUUCAGUCUUUUUUUUUAUAUGCAGGACAACUCUACUAUUGCCAUGGCAGCUCUACCUUAUGUAAUCCAUGCUAAAGGCUCAGAAAUUGAGGAAAUAUGACAGCUCUUGUUCCAAGACCAGCUUUUACAUUUGUGCAUACGAAAAUUAGCCUUAAACUUUUUAUGUGCUGUCUGAUGCAAUAGCAAAGCUGUUAGUUUUUAAAUCGAUAAAUAAAAUUUAUUUCAAAAUAGCUUUGAGGGUACACGGAGCUUUUAAAAACUUAUGUACAAAGUGGGAUAUUUGGGGUUUGAGGGGUUUUAAAAGUCAAGCACAGUUUUACUGAAAGAGUUCAGGUUCUUUCGGGGUACUUUAAAUCCUAACUAUGCAUAGACCUAGUCAGUUCCUUGAUUGCAUACUUUGUAGUGUAAGAAAAAUUAAAGAUCUGUUUUUAUGCACAACUUGACACACUUGAUACUCUUGGGGUUUUGGUAUUUUACACUUCUAGCCACACAUAAAGGCUGGCAGCAGCAUUCAGUAAAACUGACAGUUGAUUUUGUGAUGUACUAAAUGGCAUACCUCCAGUUGUAAGUUCUACAGUCAUAAGGAAGUUGGUCAUUUUUGUAAUUAAGGUCUGUGGUGGCAGCUAUGGCUAUUGGAAUCCUUCUUUUAAAAACUCAAGGCACAAAGAAAGAGGACUGGCUUCUAAAAGUUUGACCUGCUUCAGCUGUUCUUUCCUUGCUUGGUGCCAUAGUCCCGUAGCAACAAAAUGAGGUACUUGGAAAAGUAACAGAUAAUGCUUGAGUACAUAAAUCUUGGAAACAAAUUCUUGUUUGCACAUACCUAUCCCAAGGAAAGAAAGAAGGGAGUAAAAAUUAAAUAUUGCAUAUUGUGGAAAUAAGUGAUUGCUGUGUUUGAUUUAUGUAAAGCAAUAGCAGCUU